GUCGUACCCUGCGGCGCCAGGCGGGGCGGGCCGGUUGCUAGGUCUUGGUGAAGCGCCGAGCUCGCGGAGUCUCCCUAGGUGGCUGCAGGCUUCAGCCCAGGCUCCAGGUCAGCUGAAGCGGAAAUGUCUGGGAAGGAGAACAACUUUCCACCGCUGCCUAGGUUCAUCCCGCUAAAGCCCUGCUUCUACCAGGACUUCGCAGACGAGAUCCCCAUUGAGCAUCAGGUGCUGGUGAAGAGGAUCUAUCGGCUUUGGAUGUUUUACUGUGCCACCCUUGGGGUCAACCUUGUCGCCUGCCUGGCCUGGUGGAUUGGCGGUGGCUCAGGAGCCAACUUUGGCCUGGCCUUCCUCUGGCUGCUGCUCUUCACCCCCUGCAGCUAUGUGUGCUGGUUCCGACCAGUCUACAAGGCCUUCCGUGCUGACAGUUCCUUCAAUUUCAUGGCGUUCUUCUUCAUUUUCGGAGCCCAGUUUGUCCUGACUGUUAUCCAGGCUAUUGGCUUAUCGGGAUGGGGUGCAUGUGGCUGGCUGGCAGCCAUUGGGUUCUUCCACACCAACAUUGGUGCCGCUGUGGUCAUGCUGCUUCCUGCCAUCAUGUUCUCCCUGUCUGCUGCCAUGAUGGCCGUCUUGAUCAUGAAGGUACACAGGAUCUACCGAGGGGCCGGCGGGAGCUUCCAGAAGGCACAGACAGAGUGGAACACAGGUGCCUGGCGGGACCCGCCCACGCGAGAGGCCCAAUUCAACAACUUCUCAGGAAACAGCCUGCCUGAGUACCCCACUGUGCCCAACUACCCGGCCAGCGGCAGCCAGUGGCCCUAGAGAGGGCUGAGCAGCCCUGCCGCCUGCCCACAGGCCUGCAUCACUGCCCCUGCUCCUGCCGCCCUUUGUCCCUUGAGGCCUGAGCAUCUGUCCUGCCCAUCUCGGGGGCCCAGCCACUGCCAGAGCCCAAGUUUAUUUCAUCCUGGGGCCCAAGGCCCAAGCCUCUCGUCUAGCAGCCACCCGUGUUCCCUGUGGAUGGCUACACCUUCAUCUCCAGAAGCAGAAGGUGGCAGCAGGUUGCUUAUGCUCUCCGUCCCUGCAGAGCUGAGGACAUAGAGGUCCUGCUGUCAACUUCCAUGUCAUCCCCUUAACCCACCUGUUGCCUGGGCUGGGGAGAGGCUGAGCAUCUUGUCAUCCUCUGUCCCCCAUGCCACAUGGGGUGAUAGCUCUGUGGACAAGCCUGCAGGGACAGCAGAAGCAGGUCCACUUGUUUUCUGCACUCCUCCCUUGGGACAGUGAUGUUGGGACCCUGUUGUCCUGUGUUUCCAUCUGUGGCACACAGCCUUCCUUUCCUGGGACCGAGGGCCUGCCCUGCAAGACCUCUGUCUGCAUGCAGAAACUGGCCGAGCCCCUGAGCAGGUGGGCUUGUCCUGACUGGAGGGAGAGUCCCUGGCUCAGCUGCACAGUGGAGAGUGACCUGGACCCAGAGGCCCCUGUGCUUAGGGGCCAGACAGAAAAGCCCAGAUCACAGGUGCAGGGGCAGGAGGAUGGCCUCGAUCCUGAGCCGGGGACAGCCCUGUGCCUUAGAGAGGAAUCUUGCAGCCAGCACUAUAUACUUCCUCCACCCCAGGUGCAUCCUGCGGGGCAUCCUUAUCUCCUUUAACAAUAUUUGGGCCAAAAUCAACUUUCUCUGGUGACCUUUCCAUGCUGCUAGCCAGGCCUUCACAGGUCCUCUGCACCCAGCCACCCCAUGUCUGGAGGUCAUGGCAGCCACCAUAGGAAAUUUACAGGAAGAUACAGGCCUGGGGUCACCGGGCCUCAGGUCCCUGCCACUGCCUCAGGGUGGCGUUUUGCAGCCUUAUGGGGGUGCUGGUACACUGGCAGCCCCCACCAACCCCUGCAUUGUCAUGCUGUGGUGGGUUUUGUUAGCUGAUAACAUUCUGGAAAUAAAUCUUUCUGCAUCAGAGCGAGCAGGGGGCUGGGUCUGUGG